UGUCUCCGCUCGGACUGUGCUGAAGCCUCUCAGAUGCGGAGACCUGCCCGUCCGAGCGACAGAGACCGCGUCCGGUUCUGAUACACCCGCGCACACGCGCACGCACACAUACAACCAGUGUGUGGACUCGGAGUUUGUUUCUACUUUGCCAGCUGUGAGUCUGUGGCGCAUAAGGUGCGCCGCGUUUUUCGAGAGGGGAACCAAACAGCGACGUGAAGUGACACGCUGGACUUCAUCAGGUACUUUGUGCUCGUGAGCCGGCGUGGAUGCGAGUCUGUGUUCCAGCGCCAUGGAAGGCUGAUUCACGCGCCUCCACCGACCCAACAGAAUAUUUGCCAUGCCACAUGGGAAGGCCCUGAACUCCACCCUGCUCUUACUCCUCAUUGUCUUCGCCAUCACCCGCGGUCGCUCCUACCCUCACUUCUCCCGCAAUGACACUGAAUUCCAGCACCUGGUGCUCCACCCGGACCCCUCGCUGGGGACGGUGUACGUUGGGGCCAGGGACCACCUCUUCCAGCUGGACGGAGCGGACGGACUCCGGCUGGAGCUUGAGGAGAAGACCGGCCCCGUGAGCGACAGCAAGGAUUGCCUCCCCCCAGUGACCGAGUCCAACUGUCCCCAGGCCAGGAGGACCAGCAACCACAACAAGCUUCUUCUGGUGGAUCCGAAGGCGCUGGAGUUGAUCACCUGCGGCAGCAUCCACCAGGGCACCUGCCAGAAGCGCAGCCUGGCGUCCAUCCAGGCAGUGCGCUUCUCCACAGAGAGGCCUGUGGACACGCAGUACGUCGCCGCCAAUGACCCGUUGGUGUCCACUGUGGGGCUGGUGGUCGGGCUCCGCGGGGAGAGGACGGUGAUGUACGUGGGUAGGGGCUACACCGCCAGCCACCCGCCCAUCUCCACCCGCCACCUCUCCGUCGAGCCCAUCUUCUCCUACGAGGAGACGGCCAAGCUGGCGGUGGCCGGGCGCCUGUCAGAGUACGACCACCACUUUGUGAAGGCGUUCACGCGGCGCUCGUACGUGUACUUCUUGUUUUACCGGCGCGACAUCAAGUCGCCGUCGAGGGAGUACCGGACCUACGCCGCCAGAGUUUGCUUGGACGACACCUCCUACUAUUCCUACGUGGAAGUUCCGCUGGUCUGCCGAUCUGCUUCCUCUCCUUCCAGGACUUACAACCUGCUCCAGGCUGCCCAGGUGGGACAAGGCGUGGACCGGGAAGGCGAGGAUCUGCUGGGAGUGUUUUCCAGUCGCGUCGGCCCCACAAACAACGCGGCCUUGGACGCCUCGGCUCUGUGCGUCUACCCGCUGGAUGAGCUCGACGGACACAUCGACUCCACCCGCAACCUCUGCUACACCCAGGAUGGCCGGGUAGAGGGAAGAGGAGAAGUGGCCUACAUAGAGUACGACGUCAAAUCCAGCUGCGCCAACCUGCCAAUGAAUACUCUCAAGGCGUAUCCCUGCGGCUCCGACCACACCCCCAGUCCCAUGGCAAGCCGGGCGCCCCUGGAGGCCAGGGCGGCGUGGCACACCUCGGCUGCCCGCCUCACUGCGGUCGCGGUCAGUGUUAGGGAUGGACACAGCAUCGCCUUCCUCGGCGACUCCAGAGGAACUCUGCACAAGGUAUAUCUGGGCCAAGACGGCCAGGCGGAGGUAUACGCAAACACCACGAUCCAGCUCAACUCACCCAUCAACGGGGACCUUCUCUUGGACCGGACUGGGGCACACAUCUACGUCAUGACCAGAACUACUGUGAAGAAGCUUCCGGUGGCAGAAUGCGGAGACCACCUGGACUGUCAGUCGUGUCUGUCCGCCAAUGACCCCUACUGUGGCUGGUGCGUCCUGGAGGGACGGUGUGGCCAGCGGCGGGAGUGCCAGCGGGGUUCCGUUCAGGGCCAGUGGCUGUGGAGUUUCAACCGGACGCAGCAGUGCCUCAGCAUCCAGCGGCUCAGCCUCUAUAACAUCAGCCGCGGGGAGAAAACCGAUAUCACGGUGUCUGUAGAAGGCCUUCCGGGUCUGGGAGAAGGAGAGGCCUACUCCUGCUUCUUCCAGGACACAGAAGCUACGGCUUCACUCACCAACGCCGGUGUGAUAUGCUCAACCCCUGAUGCCGGCAGUCUGCCCCCCAUUCGCCACGGAGAUGAGUUUGUGAUGGUGGCCCUGUCACUGCGUUUCACAAACGUCACGGUAGCAGAGACCGAAUUCACCUUCUACAACUGCAGCUCGGUGCAGCAGCUCUCCGGACGCAGGCCAUGCCAAGGCUGCGUCAGCAGUCGCUGGGGGUGCAGCUGGUGUAUCCACCAGCACGUCUGCACGCACAAACGCACCUGCAGCCGAGGAGUCACCGUCUACAACCGUAAUUUCAAACCACCAACACCCACCGUCCCACCACCCGCCCGAAAUCUGAACCCUUUACCUACUGUCCGGGCUGCUGCUACGACAACAACCCAGCCCUCACCCACAGAGCCUCUCCCCCCCACUACAGCAGCUGUCCCUUUAACCUCCACCGCAGUCGCACCGCCCACCUCCCCCCUCACGCUGGCCUCAACCUCCCCUUCUGUCGUGAUUUUCACCCAAGCCCCGACAACGCACACCGAUGUCCCGACCACAAGCGAGGGGGCGACAGAUGGAAACGGCGGCAUUGCAAGUUUCUCAGAGGACGAGGAGGCGGAAAGCUUAAAUAUCACUGCCAAAUACUCCGCCACUGCGUUACCCAGCAGCACUACCCAAAAGGUAGACCAUGACGUGGGCUUUUUAGAUCCGUCUGCUGAAGCCUUUGGCUCUUCCUUUGACGUAAGUCCGACCGACUCCAGAGGAGAGUCCCGUUUAAUAGACCUGUCAGUCAGCGGCACUAAGGACCCCGAAGAGAAGGACUCGCCCCGGUGGUUUAGUGAGUGGGAGGGGACUGCCGGAGACUCGGCAACAGGUCCAUCCGUUGUGGGUGCCAGCGAAAAGCCGCCUAUCUCGCAAGCACCUGAAACGGUUAUCAACCCCCUCUUUGAGUCUGCAGCAGACUACCAGUUAGAUUCAUCGACCCACUCAUUCUUUCCGGAGUGUCCGUGUGUGGAGAAGGUUCGGGAUUCCGCUCUUCUCCCUGUCAACGUGGAGAGGAAGGUCACUCUGCUGGGACAACAUCUGAACCUGUUUCAGGACGAGAUCUUGGACUACGAGUGUGUGCUGGACGUUGAGAAUGAGUCUGUGGUCAUGGAAGCCCUCGUGGAGGCGGAUGCCACUUAUCCAUCGGCCUUCUUCAUCACCUGCCAAGCUCACCAGUACUCCUACGCCGCCUCGCUGGAGGAAUACCUGGCCGCCAUCAAUGUGAGGAGGAAGAACUCCUUCCUCAUCGACAGCGCCGAAGACCUGCACGUGACUCUGUUCAAUUGUUCCGUGGGGCGGUCGGACUGUAGCCGGUGUCGCACCGCCGACCCCAAGUACGGCUGCGUGUGGUGCGCCGGCGUGUCCGGCUCCCGCUGCGUGUACCGGGACUCCUGCGCCGAGGAGGUGAAACACACGUGUCCCGCGCCCGUCAUCCACUACCUGGACCCGGUUUCGGGGCCCGUGGAGGGGGGGACGGUCGUCACUAUUUCGGGUUCUAACCUUGGCCAGAGAGCUGUAGACAUCCAGCAGUCGGUGUUGGUGGCCGGAGUCCCCUGCAGCGUCAUCCACAGCCGAUACGAGGUCUCCUCAAGGAUAGUGUGCGAGACGACGAGCAGCGGACGAGAGAAGAGCGGCCAGGCCUCGGUCCGAGUGAGCGGAGGAGGACUCGGACUGUCCGCUCAGAUCUUCAGCUUCCAGGAUCCCGUGCUGAGCGGCGUCUUCCCACAGAGAGGGCCCAAGGCGGGGGGCUCCUCUCUCACCAUCAGAGGCCGCAGGCUGAGGACCGGACACCCGAGCGAGGUCGGCGUCCUGAUCGGAGGAGUGCCGUGUGUGGUGCUCAACAUCCAGGAGGAUCAGAUCAACUGUCUGACCAGAGGCAGCAACAGAACGGGAGAGCAUGGAAUCACCGUGCGGUUUGGUAGUACGGAGCGCCACCUACAGGGUCUGGUGUAUCACUACACCCCCAACCCCAACAUCUCAAAGGCUGCUCCGUCCAAAAGCUUCCUCAGUGGAGGCCGAAUCAUCAGGGUCUCCGGUCAGAACCUGGAUGUUGUCCAGGAGCCCAAAAUGAGGGUGACCUUUAGUCCCCCCGACACUCUCCCUCCCAGGAGGAAGAGGAGCAAGAGGAGGAGUGAAGGACGGGAUCGUCCGGGACCAGUGAAGAGAUGGAGGAGGAUCGUCCCGGAGGCGGAGUGCCCCGAGGGUACGCUCUGUCACGUCAAACAGUUCGAGUCUCGCUGUACAGUCAAUGGCUCCACCCUCAUCCUGUGUCCCACUCCGGCUGUGGGUCCACAGGCCAGGAGGGCCAGGGUCAAAGUUCACUUCCUGUUGGACAGCCUCCAUUUUGACUUCCGCAGCGUGGGGAGCGAGGACUUCAGCUAUGAGCCCAACCCACAGCUGUACCUGCUGAACCAGAACGAUCCAAGCAAACCGUAUCACCACAAACCCGGCAGCAUCAUCUCCGUCGAGGGAGAGAACCUGGAUCUGGCGAUCUACAAGCAGGAAGUGGAGGCUCGGAUAGGGGCGGGGCUGUGCUCCGUCAAGACGCUGACACACAACCACCUGUACUGUGAGCCGCCAGCUCAGCAGCCCUCAGUCACAGCGGGCAAGAGACAGGAAGGGCUGGACAGUCUGCCGGAGUUCACAGUGAGAAUGGGGAACCUGAACUUCUCUCUGGGCCGAGUGCAGUACGACAGGCAGGCCCAGUCCACGUUCCCUCUGGAGGCCCAGGUGGGGGUCGGGGUGGGGGCUUCCAUAGUGGCUCUCAUUGUGCUCAUGAUCGUCCUCAUAUACAGGAGGAAGAGUAAACAGGCCAUGAGGGACUACAAGAAGGUGCAGAUCCAGCUGGAGAACCUGGAGACCAGUGUGAGAGAUCGCUGUAAGAAGGAGUUCACAGACUUGAUGACAGAGAUGAUGGACAUGUCCAGUGAUUUGGUGGGUUCGGGGAUCCCCAUCCUGGAUUACCGGGCGUACGCAGAGCGCAUUUUCUUCCCUGGCCACCAGGAGUCGCCCCUGAGACGUGAUCUGGACGUCCCAGAGAGCCGCAGGCAGACAGUGGAGCAAGGGCUAGUUCAGCUGUCCAAUCUGCUCAACAGCAAACUCUUCCUCACCAAGUUCAUCCACACUUUGGAGGUCCAGCGGACGUUCUCCCCGAGGGAUCGGGCCUACGUGGCCUCCCUGCUGACCGUGGCCCUGCACGGCAAACUGGAGUACUUCACGGACAUCCUGAAGACGCUGCUCAACGAUCUCGUGGAACAGUACGUGGCCAAGAACCCCAAGCUGAUGCUCAGGAGAACGGAAUCAGUGGUUGAGAAGCUUUUGACGAACUGGAUGUCCAUCUGUCUCUUUACCUUUCUGAGGGAGUCUGCAGGUGAGUCGUUCUACAUGCUGUUCAGAGCGAUAAAGCACCAGGUGGACAAAGGACCUGUGGACGCUGUGACGGGAAAAGCCAAGUACACGCUGAACGACAACAGGCUGCUGCGAGAGGACGUGGAGUACCGCACACUGACCCUAAACGUAGCGACGGCCGCCGCGGCCACCAGCGGAGGCACCACCACGCAGACGGUGCCGGCCAAAGUCCUGGACUGUGACACCAUCACCCAAGUGAAGGAGAAACUCCUGGAGCAAACCUGGAAGGGAACUUCCUUUUCCCUGAGGCCACACGUCGACUCGUUACACCUCGAGUGGCGUGCAGGUGUCGCGGGUCACCUGAUCUUAUCAGACGAGGAUCUCACGUCAGUAGUGCAAGGCUCGUGGAAGCGCCUCAAUACACUGCAACACUACAAGGUCCCCGACGGAGCGACGGUGGCCCUCGUCCCGAGGAAUACCAAAAACCACCUCCACGACAGCCACGAUUACAUGCCGGGAGAAAAGACCCCCAUGCUGGACGACGGGGAGGAGGGAGGCGUGAGGCUCUGGCAUCUGGUGAAGGCCGGCGAGGAGUCGGAGCUGCCCAAUCACCGGAGGGGCAGCGUGAGGGAGCGCGGCGGCGAGAGGGCCAAGGCCAUCCCCGAGAUCUACCUCACGCGGCUGCUCUCCAUGAAGGGCACGCUGCAGAAGUUCGUGGACGAUUUGUUCACGGCCAUCCUCAGCACCAGUCGCCCCGUGCCUCUGGCGGUCAAAUACUUUUUCGACCUGCUGGACGAGCAGGCACUGCAGCACAACAUCACAGACCCAGAGACCAUCCACAUCUGGAAAACCAACAGCUUGCCGCUGCGCUUCUGGAUCAACAUCCUGAAGAACCCGCAGUUCAUCUUCGACGUGCAGACCUCGGACCACGUGGACGCCGUGCUGUCUGUCAUCGCCCAGACCUUCAUGGACUCCUGCACCAUCGCCGACCACAAGCUGGGACGGGACUCGCCCAUCAACAAGUUGCUGUAUGCCAGAGACAUCCCGCGCUACAAGCAGAUGGUGGAGAGGUACUACGCAGACAUCCGCCAGACCAUCUCCGCCAGUGACCAGGAGAUGAACUCGGCUCUAGCAGAACUCUCUCGAAACUAUGCCGCCGAGGUCAACUCACUCGUGGCUUUACACGAGCUGUACAAGUACAUCAACAAAUACUAUGAUCAAAUCAUCACGGCCUUGGAGGAGGACGCCACUGCCCAGAAGAUGCAGCUUGGUUACAGGCUCCAACAGAUCGCUGCCGCUGUAGAAAAUAAGGUCACGGACCUAUGACCCAAAAGACGGGAUGGAAUUCAUCUUUUUACCUCAAGGUGAUGGACAACGAUAGGGACCAAGGUUCUGUCUCCCGGAGGAAAGCCCUCCCUCGUUUCCUUGAGGCGAAGGAGGACAGAGGAUGUGUCCAGGAGGUACAGUGAGACCUACUUGAAUUUCCACAUGUCCCAACAAUGGGACUUAAGUGACACAGCUGAGGGCCAGAAGAAAGAAGAUCCUGAGAAAUCAAGCCAAAUUAAAACAAAAUGGUUUUGUCCCUCAUAAGGAGUCCCCCUGUUGUGUUCACUCUAAACGGAGACACAAUAUGAGAAGAGACUCUUUUGAUUCCUCCUCUCGCUCAACGCGUCUCCCUGGACUUAAUGGUUUUUCUGACCAACUACAGGUUUCUACGAAUGAGUCCUCUGCUGUCGGCCUGAUGAACACGCUGUGGACGAGAAGGAAACGUCAAGACUCAAAUGUCUUCCACUAUGAGUUGAAGUCUUAGAGAAAGGACCUGAGCAGCCGCUUAUCGUAUCGGAACGAUGUCAUCGUUGGGCUUUUAUCUUUCUAAAAUCAUUGUACCUAGUCUUACUCUGUGACCUUUCCUUAGCUGUUGUCCCGUGCGAACACGUUUUUGAGCUUCACAUUGCCACUUGUGCUUUUACUCCAAUUUUUAAAUAUUGCCUGUAGUUUGACCUGAUCUAUUUUUUGAGAGCGUUGAUUUGAAUUUGCUGAGGAUGUGGUACACGAAUACUGUCCCGAUGAGCCGUUGCUAUUGGGAUUGUUCCUUUUCUUAGGCACACACAAGUAGUGCGUGCAACCAACGUUUGUCUCUUUAUUACCAGACUAUCUGGCAGAGGAACUUAUGGCGACCUCAUUGAACUGAUCCGUCCUUGAGAUUACAAAGGAAGAUGAGCUACAUGCAGACAGAACCCAUCACAGCAGCACCAAAAGCAUCAUACUAGUUCAAUGAGAACAGAUGUUAUAACUGACUUUUUGUAUAAUAAAUGCACAAAUACAUGAAUAAUGCCCAAGGGAAUUAAGGAUUUUAUAGGUUUUACCACUUCAGUAUUGAUUUUGCUUCCCCUUUUUCUAUUUGUGUAAUAUAUUUUACUUCAACACCAUGUUUUUCUUAUGUUGACUAAAUGUCUUCUUUUUAAAACCUUUUUUAAACAGCGCUAUUGAUUGAAUCUGAGGCGACUGUAAAAUGUAUGUUGCAGAAUAACAUUGCUACAAAUAGGUGCACAAUUUAUUUGUAUUCUUUUUUUAACUUAAGUCCUAUUACAAGCAAGUUUCAUUUGGCUGCUGAGAUUUAGUCUACUUUUUAUAUUAGGGGCUUUUUAAAAGCUGGUAAAAAUGGGAGAAACAACUGCCUCCAUUGGAUGGUUGUUAUGUGUUUUGCACACAAACAUUUCAUGCUAAUGGAACAACGCCUCCUUGCGCUUUCUGCCGAGUGACGGGAUAAAACGCCCCCACCCGCCCCACCCCAUAUGUCAGACUACCUGUGGUUCAGUCACAUUCGAAGAGUGUUUAGCCAAGCCGGACGUCUUCUUCCAUCUUGUACAAAUCCCUCCCUUAAAUCAGACAAAAUGUUUGAUAUACAAAGGUGCCGUUACUCUGUGAUGCCGCACGUGAAAAUCUUUUACUAGUUUUUCAAAUUUAAUUUAUUUUGUAUUUAUUAUCUGUUACAAAUGUUGUUGGUUAUUAUUUUCAUAUUUAUGAAUACUGGUUAUGCCCCCUCUGACUCACAUUGUCAUCUGUACUUUUUUCAACGAGAAAGGAAUUCUAUUUAUUUUUACCUUUUUUAAAAAAAACAUUUUUUGUUAGUUGACUCCGAAUUCACAGCACCUGUCCAGAAAUUGUAAAAAUGUCCCUCCCUCCUUUUAUAUUUUGCAUCCAUUUUAGAAGCAAGUAAAAUAGGCUCUUAACAUGUGAGCUAUUCUUUCUGUACAUUCAAACACCAUCCUUUCACGUUAGUGUUGCUUGUGUCUUGUGUAUGCAAAGAUUUGCACCACUCUCCUGUAGAUACAUUCUGCUCCUAACUUCUGAUCUUCUGAAGAAAUCUGAAGAUUUUUCUGACUAAUUGAUAGGAUGAACCUAACACCAACUUGAUGCGACGCAAUAAAGUGCUCCCAAUGUUGA